GGAAACUUUCCCACCUGAGCUGCUGACUGAGUCUGGAAAGACUUCAUACAGGUUCAGGUGUCCUGGUCCAGGUGGGUUCCAGAAACUGGUGUUUGUUAGGACUCAGGAGGCGGAGCUGCUGUACAACACUGUCCAAUGGGACGAGAGAGAGCCUCCUCCAAUCAGCUGGCAGGAUGGCUGCAGGGCCGCUGUACCACAUCAGGUGUUCAGAGGAGGCUGCUGUCUGUCAGCUCCACCUUCCCCACUGUGACAUCACAGAUGGUAAGAGAUGAGUUUACUAGAGCUGCUAGUUAGUAGUAGUCCAACUAGUAACACUGCUGCACUACAAUCAUUCUCCAUCAAACCAGAGUGGACCAGCUGGCUGUCUCCACAUGUUCUCAUGUGUCUUUAGAAAGCAGAUUCUGAGCUGGAGUUUGGACCAAACUACCACCCAACGUUUGAGAUCCUCCUGCCUCUAAACACACCAGAAGGGACUCUAAGAGUCCAAGACGAAGGACAGAGCGUCUGGGAGCAUGACGGGGACAUGAUUGGUAAAGUUUUGAUCCACCUGAUACAACAGAAGACAACAGAGUUAUGGAGUUAUGAAGACAAUCGGUAUCGGGAGGCUAAAAGUGCGAUCGGGGCAUCUCUAGUUAAGAUCAGACGUGACUUCACUUCCUGAAGCUCCAGUCAGAAGUCCAGCAGAAAUCCUGCAGAUUUCAACCUCAGCUGCUAACAGACAUACAGUGGAGCCUGAUGGCAGAUCCCACCUGCUGCCAGAGUGCCGCUGAGCAAACUGCUCCAAACUAAAGAACUUCCUUCUGUCCAGUGAAGAAGAGGAGGAAGAAGAGGAGGAAGGAGAGGAGGAAGGAGAGGAGGAAGGAGACGGAGGAAAGAGGACGACACAAAGCUCAGAGCAGAGACCGAUUCCAGAGUUUCCAGAAGCUGAUGUGUGGCGGUGUUUUCUCUCCGUGUGAAGCUCCAGCUGAAGGUGGAGCUGUGACUCAUCAGGAAACAACUCACCUGAGAUCUUCUUCAUCAACUCUUUGGACCGUUUGAAGAAACUGACCCAUCAGAGACCAGACCCUGCUGAACUUAACUUGAACCUGAACCCUGCUGGGUGUCUGAAGAGUCACUGGUCCAUGGAGACACCACUACUUUAAAAAAGGUGACCUGUAAGGGAGAGGCCAAUACAAAUGGAGGAGAGGCUUCCUGAAAUGGAGGAGAGAGGAUUGAUGGAGAGACUUGAAUGGCAGAAGGAGAGAAUAGCGAUGGAAAGGGAAAUAGAAAUGUUAAGAAGAAGAUUGAGGACCCAGCAGAGACCAGAGUCUCCUGAACCUGAACCUGAACCUGAACCCAGCUGUGUUUCCUUUAAGAGUGACCAGUCACAUCAAGGCCUCAUUGACUUUAAAGGAGAGCAACCCUCUGCUAAAAAGAGGACCCAGCAGAAACCAGAGUCCCCUGAACCUGAUCCUGAACCCAGCUGUGUGUCCUUUAAGAGUGACCAGUCACAUCAAGGCCUCAUUGACUUUAAAGGAGAGCAACCCUCUGCUGAAAAGAGAGUGGACCAGGAGAACUCAGAGGUUCCCAGUGGGCAGUCUGCCCAGCAGCAUCAAACACACCUGGACUCCAUCUUUAUGCUGCUGGAGGAGAACAUUGUCACUUUUAUGAAGAACGAGCUGAAGAAGAUCCAGAAGGUUCUGAGUCCAGAUUACCCAAAAUGCUCAGAGAGUCACAGGGACGAUGAGGAUGAAGAGCAGAGUAGGAGCAAAGAGGCAUUUCUGAAGAUCACACUACACUUCUUGAGGAGAAUGAAGCAUGACGAGCUGGCUGACCGUCUGCAGCGCAGAAGUCCAGCAGUUUGUAAACAUAAACUCAAAUCUAACCUAAACAAGAAGUUCCAGCUUGUGUUUGAGGGGAUUGCUAAAGCAGGAAACCCAACCAUUCUGAAUCAGAUGUUCACAGAGAUCUACAUCAUAAAGGAAGGGACUGCAAAGGUCAAUGAUGAACACGAGGUCAGACAGAUUGAAACAGCAUUCAGGAAACCAGACAGAACAGAAACAACAAUCAGACAUGAAGACAUCUUUAAAACCCCACCUGGAAGAGAAAAAACAAUCAGAACAGUGCUGACAAUGGGAGUGGCUGGCAUCGGGAAAACAGUCUUAACACAGAAGUUUACUCUGGACUGGGCUGAAGACAAAGCCAACCAGGACAUCCAGUUCACAUUUCCAUUCACCUUCAGAGAGCUGAAUGUGCUGAAAGAGAGAAAGUACAGCAUGGUGGAACUUGUUCAUUACUUCUUUAGUGAAACCAAAGAAGCAGGAAUCCUCAGGUUUGAAGAGUUCCAGAUUGUGUUCAUCUUUGACGGUCUGGAUGAGUGUCGACUUCCUCUGGACUUCCGCAACACUGAGAUCCUGACUGAUGUUACGAAGUCCACCUCAGUGGGUGUGCUGCUGACAAACCUCAUCAGGGGGAAUCUGCUUCCCUCUGCUCGUCUCUGGAUAACCACACGACCUGCAGCAGCCAAUCAGAUCCCUCCUGGGUGUGUUGACAUUGUGACAGAGGUCAGAGGGUUCACUGACCCACAGAAGGAGGAGUACUUCAGGAAGAGAUUCAGUGAUGAGGAGCAGGCCAACAGAAUCAUCUCCCACGUCAAGACAUCACGAAGCCUCCACAUCAUGUGCCACAUCCCAGUCUUCUGCUGGAUCACUGCUACAGUUCUGGAGGACAUGUUGAAGACCAGAGAGGGAGGAGAGCUGCCCAAGACCCUGACUGAGAUGUACAUCCACUUCCUGGUGGUUCAGUCCAAAGUGAAGAACAUCAAGUAUGACGGAGGAGCCGAGACAGAUCCACACUGGAGUCCAGACACUAGGAAUAUGAUGGAGUCUCUGGGGAAACUGGCUUUUGAGCAGCUGCAGAAAGGCAACCUGAUCUUCUACGAAUCAGACCUCAGAGACUGUGGCAUGGAUAUUAUAGCAGCCUCAGUGUGCUCCGGAGUGAUCACACAGAUCUUUAAAGAGGAGAGAGGACUGUACCAGGACAAGGUGUUCUGCUUCAUCCACCUGAGUGUUCAGGAGUUUUUGGCUGCUCUUCAUGUCCAUCUGACAUUCACCAACUCUGGAGUCAACCUGCUGUCAGAAGAACAAACAACAUCAACACAGUUCUACCAGAGUGCUGUGGAAGAGGCCUUACAGAGUCCAAAUGGACACCUGGACUUGUUCCUCCGCUUCCUCCUGGGUCUUUCACUGCCGACCAAUCAGAAUCUCCUACGAGGCCUGCUUACACAGACAGGAAGUAGCUCACAGACCAAUGAGGAAACAGUCCAGUACAUCAAGAAGAAGAUCAGUGAUAAUCUGUCUGCAGAGAGAAGCAUCAAUCUGUUCCACUGUCUGAAUGAACUGAAUGAUUGUUCUCUGGUGGAGCACAUCCAACAGUCCCUGAGUUCAGGAAGUCUCUCCACAGAUAAACUGUCUCCUGCUCAGUGGUCAGCUCUGGUCUUCAUCUUACUGUCAUCAGAAGAAGAUCUGGACAUGUUUGACCUGAAGAAAUACUCUGCUUCAGAUGAGGCUCUUCUGAGGCUGCUGCCAGUGGUUAAAGCCUCCAACAGAGCUGUACUGGGGGGCUGUAACCUGUCAGAGAGAAGCUGUGAAGCUCUAUCCUCAUUUCUCAGCUCCCAGUCCUCUAGUUUGAGAGAGCUGGACCUGAGUAACAACAACCUGAAGGAUUCAGGAGUGAAGCUGAUAUCUGUUGGACUGAAGAGUCCACAUUGCACAUUAGAGACCCUCAGUCUGUCAGGCUGUCUGAUCUCAGAGGAAGGCUGUUCUUCUCUGGCCUCAGCUCUGAGCUCCAACCCCUCCCAUCUGAGAGAGCUGGACCUGAGCUACAAUCAUCCAGGAGACUCAGGAGUGGAGCUACUUUCAGCGGGACUGAAGGAUCCAAACUGGAGACUGGACACUCUCAGACUAAAUGGCUGUAACCUGUCGAAGAGAAGCUGUGAAGCUCUGUCCUCAGUUCUCAGCUCCCAGUCCUCUAGUCUAAGAGAGCUGGACCUGAGUAACAACAACCUGCAGGAUUUAGGAGGGAAGCUGAUCUCUGUUGGACUGGAGAGUCCACACUGCUCACUGGAGACUCUCAGUCUUUCAGGCUGUCUGAUCUCAGAGGAAGGCUGUUCUUCUCUGGUCACAGCUCUGAGCUCACACCCCUCCCAUCUGAGAAAGCUGGACAUAAGCUACAAUCAUCCGGGAGCCUCGGGUGUGAAGCUACUGUCAGUGGGACUGGAGGAUCCUCUCUGGAGACUGGACACUCUCAGAAUGAAGCUGUGUGAGAGUGAUUGUGAACUCACACUGGACACAAACACAGUGAGCAAAAAACUCAAACUGUCUGACAACAACAGGACGGUGACAUUAGUGGAGGAGGAUCAACCAUAUCCUGAUCAUCCAGAGAGGUUUGACCCCUGGCCUCAGCUGCUGUGUAGAGAUUAUCUGACUGGUCGCUGUUACUGGGAGGUUGAGAGGAGAAGAGAUGUUUCUAUAGCAGUGAGUUACAGAGGAAUCAGCAGGAGAGGAGACAGUGAUGACUGUUCGUUUGGAAGGAAUGAUCAGUCCUGGCGUCUGUUCUGCUUUGAUGAUGGUUACUUUGUCUGGCAUAAUAAGAGAGGAACAACCAUCUCCUCCUCUGUCUCUGGUAGAGUAGCAGUGUAUGUGGACUGUCCGGCUGGCUCUCUGUCCUUCUACUCAGUCUCCUCUGACUCACUGAUCCACAUCUACACCUUCAACACCACAUUCACUCAGCCUCUCUAUCCUGGGUUUGGGUUUUCGUUCACUUCUUCUGGUGCCUCAGUAUCUCUGUGUUCUGUGUUGGACGGAGAGUCUCCUCCUGCUUCUCACUGCUGA